GUCGAGUCUUUCCCCUCAUUCCCUAGCCAAAUUUACGGACCUAAAUUCUGUCAUAUUGGAGCAGGGCUGGGCAGCUAGCCUAGCCAUCAAUUGAAUCUGGAGCAGGAUACAGAGGAUAGUAUGGCCAUGACGGGAGGGACUGCAGCUGCCCUUCCCAUGAGCAACCACACCCGGGAGAGGGUGACCGUGGCCAAGCUGACACUGGAGAACUUCUACAGCACUCUGCUGACACAACACGAGGAGCGAGAGACCAGGCAGAAGAAGCUGGAGAAAGUCAUGGAUGAGGAAGGCUUGAUAGAUGAAGAGAAGGUCAUGCGACGUUCCCAACACGCCAGGAAGGAGACAGAGUUCCUGCGGCUGAAGAGGACCCGGCUGGGCCUGGACGACUUUGAGUCACUAAAGGUCAUUGGUCGAGGCGCCUUUGGAGAGGUCCGCUUGGUGCAGAAAAAAGACACCGGGCACAUAUAUGCCAUGAAGAUCUUGAGGAAAGCUGACAUGUUGGAGAAGGAGCAGGUGGCUCAUAUUCGGGCAGAGAGGGACAUCUUGGUAGAGGCGGACGGGGCCUGGGUGGUCAAGAUGUUCUACAGUUUCCAGGAUAAGAGGAACCUCUACCUCAUCAUGGAGUUUCUACCUGGAGGUGACAUGAUGACCCUGCUGAUGAAAAAGGACACCCUGUCUGAAGAGGCUACCCAGUUCUACAUAGCUGAGACAGUCCUGGCCAUCGACUCCAUCCACCAGCUGGGUUUCAUCCACAGAGACAUCAAACCUGAUAACCUGCUGCUAGACUCCAGGGGCCAUGUAAAGCUGUCUGAUUUUGGUCUGUGUACGGGACUGAAGAAGGCCCACCGUACAGAGUUCUACAGGAACCUCACACACAACCCUCCCAGUGACUUCUCCUUCCAAAACAUGAACUCAAAGAGAAAAGCAGAGACGUGGAAGAAGAACCGGAGGCAACUGGCCUACUCCACAGUGGGAACACCAGACUACAUUGCCCCAGAGGUGUUCCUCCAGACGGGAUACAACAAGCUCUGUGACUGGUGGUCUCUGGGGGUCAUCAUGUAUGAGAUGCUGAUAGGGUACCCCCCGUUCUGUUCUGAAACACCCCAGGAGACGUAUAGGAAGGUGAUGAACUGGAAGGAGACCUUGGUCUUCCCCCCUGAGGUGCCCAUCUCAGAGCGGGCCAAGGACUUGAUUCUCAGGUACUGUAAUGACGCUGAGAACCGUGUUGGUGCUGUGAGUGUUGAGGAGAUGAAGAGUCACGCCUUCUUUGAGCCUGUGGACUGGGAACACAUCAGGGAAAGACCAGCCGCCAUCUCCAUUGAGAUCAAGAGCAUCGAUGACACAUCGAACUUUGAUGAGUUCCCAGAAUCGGACAUCCUUCAGCCAGUUUCCAACGUGACGGAGCCAGACAAAUCCAAGGACUGGGUGUUCCUGAACUACACCUACAAGAGGUUUGAGGGGCUGACUCAGCGAGGCACCAUCCCCACAUACAUGAAGGCCUGAGAUGAGGAGGCCAUGAGGGAAAUGGGAGACAAUGUAGACACCGGGUUGGGCGGUAAACCCCUGCUGUGCUGAAAGCACAGGAUCAAGAAUGAUGAGGAGGAGGUUCUUGGCUUCAUGCUUCACCGGGGUUUUCCUGCUUGGCCACAUCCAUUG